GUGGCGGAGGCAGCUAGAAGCAGCAGCCCGGGCCCCAGGUGAGGUGGUCCUGCCCUUGCCCUGCCUGCGGGUUACACAGCCAGGUGCUCCACCACAGGGCUGGGAGGAAAGAUUGGGUUUGCCAGCCGCCCAGGGGCUUUCAGUACCGCUGCUUAACGCCCCGUUUCAGCACCUACCAGAGUCUGGUUGGGUGAAGUCCUGAAUCUUUUGGAAUUCCAGAGGUUGCCCAGCUCAGUCUCAAUGGGGCUGCUCCUGCCGCUGCUACAGUCCAUUCUACUGCUAAUGAUUCUUUUGUGGCUGCCGCCGACAUCCACCAACCUGGCCUGGCAGUGCCCACGAACACCCUUCGCAGCAUCCAGAGACUUCACUGUGAAGUAUGAGGUCCCCAGCUUCUCCGCAGGGGGCCGGAUACAGGCCACGGCAGCGUACGAGGACAGUGAAGAGGGGGGUGCGGUGUUUGUGGCCACACGCAAUCGCCUGCACGUGCUUGGGCCUGACCUGCAGUACAUAGAGAGCCUGACCACUGGGCCUGUCGGGGACCCUGGCUGCCAGACUUGUGCGAGCUGUGGUCCAGGCCCUCACGGACCACCAAACGACACAGACACUGUAGUGCUGGUGAUGGAGCCGGGUUUGCCAGCCCUGGUCAGCUGUGGCUCAACCCUGCAGGGCCGAUGCUUCCUGCAUGAACUGGAGCCUCGGGGGAAAGCCCUGCACUUAGCAGCACCAGCCUGCCUCUUCUCAGCAAGCAACAACCGACCUGAGGCCUGCCCGGACUGUGUGGCUAGCCCCCUGGGCACUCGUGUGACCGUGGUUGAACAGGGCCAUGCCUCCUACUUCUAUGUGGCAUCUUCCCUGGACCCGGAGUUGGCCGCUAGGUUUAGCCCACGCUCAGUGUCCGUCCGUCGCCUAAAGGCCGAUGCUUCCGGAUUCCAACCAGGUUUUCCUUCACUGUCUGUGCUGCCCAAAUAUCUGGCCUCCUACCUUAUCAAAUACGUGCACAGCUUCCGUUCAGGAGACUUUGUCUACUUUCUGACCGUGCAACCUGUCAGUGUGACAAGCCCUCCCGGUGCCUUGCAAACGCGUCUGGCCCGGCUCAGUGCUAUAGAACCAGAGAUCGGCGGCUACCGGGAGCUGGUCUUGGACUGUCAUUUUGCACCUAAACGCCGCCGGCGGCGGCGUGGAACUGUCCAGGAGAGCACACACUCCUACCCGGUGCUUCAGGCAGCCCACUCUGCUCCAGUGGAUGCCAAACUGGCUGUGGAGCUGAGCAUCUCAGAGGGCCAGGAAGUGCUGUUUGGGGUCUUUGUGGCUGUCAAGGAUGGUAGCUCUGGCACGGGUCCCAACUCUGUUGUCUGUGCCUUCCCCAUUUACCAGCUGAACACCCUGAUUGAAAAGGGUGUGGAAUUCUGUUGUGACUCUUCAAGUUCUCCUCCUGUCUCGAGAGGCCUUGACUUCUUCCAGACACCCAGUUUUUGUCCUAAUCCGCCUGGCAUAGAGGCCUCCGGCCCCAGCUUCCAGUGCCACUACUAUCCUUUGCGUGUCACCGGUACGUUCCCGCGUGUGGACCUAUUCAAUGGACUGUUAGGAUCAGUGAAGGUCACUGCACUGCAUGUGACACGCCUUGGCAAUGUUACGGUGGCCCACAUGGGCACUGCAGAUGGGCGUAUUCUCCAGGUGGAGAUAGCCAGGUCACUCAACUACUUGCUGUAUGUAUCCAACUUCUCCCUGGGCAGCAGUGGGCAGCCUGUCCAGCGGGGCAUCAGCCGCCUUGGGAAUGACCUACUUUUUGCCUCUGGGGACCAGGUCUUCAAGGUACCUAUCCAGGGCCCUGGCUGCUGUCAUUUCCUAACCUGUUGGCGUUGCCUGAGAGCACAGCGCUUCAUGGGAUGUGGCUGGUGUGGGGACAGGUGUGGCCGGCAGAAGGAGUGUCCUGACUCCUGGCAACAGGACCACUGUCCACCUGAGAUCACUGAGUUCUAUCCUAACAGUGGGCCACUAAGGGGCAGAACAAGACUUACCCUGUGCGGCUCCAACUUCUACCUGAGGCCUGAGGUUGUGGUAUCUGAGAGAACACACCAGAUCACCGUGGGCCAAAGUCCCUGCCGACUGCUGCCUAAGGACUCUGCAAGCCAUAGGACAGUGUUCCACAAGGAAUUUGUAGAGGAACUCGAAUGUGAGCUGGAGCCUCUGAUCAGCCAGGCAGCGGGGACUACGAACGUCAGCCUCCUCAUCACUAACAUGGCGGCAGGCAAGCACUUCCGAGUGGAGGGCAUCUCGGUGCGGGAAGGCUUCUCUUUCAUGGAGCCAGUGCUGACAUCAGUAAAACCCGACUUUGGCCCACGGGCUGGUGGCACUUACCUCACCCUUGAAGGUCAGAGCCUGUCUGUAGGCACCAACAGAGUCGUGCUGGUCAAUGGAACUCAGUGCCAGCUGGAACAGGUCAGUGAGGAGCAGAUUGUAUGUGUCACACCUCCUGGAGCCGGCCCAGCCAGGGUCCCCCUUCAUCUGCAGAUAGGGGGUGCUGAGGUGCCAGGCUCCUGGGCCUUCCAUUACAAGGAAGACCCUGUUGUGCUGGACAUCAGUCCCAACUGUGGCUACAGUGGCUCCCAUGUCACGAUCCACGGCCAACAUCUGACUUCAGCAUGGCACCUAACACUGUUAUUCCAUGAUGGACAUAAUACAGUGGAGAACAGGCAGUGUGCAGGGCAGUUUCUGGAACAGCAGCGUCAGUGCCGCCUGCCUGAAUAUGUGGUCCGAAACCCUCAGGGGUGGGCACCAGGGAAUCUAAGCGUCUGGGGGGAUGGAGCAGCUGGCUUCACGCUGCCUGGUUUUCGCUUCCUGCCCCCACCCAGUCCACCCAGAGCUGGCCUGCCCCCGCUGAAGCCUGAAGAGCAUUCAGUUAAGGUUGAGUAUAUUGGGCUGGGCGCCGUAGCAGACUGCGUGACUGUGAACGUGACCGUGGGUGGUGAGAGCUGCCAACACGAGCUCCGAGGGGAUGUGGUGGUCUGCCCCCUGCCUCCCUCCCUGCAACUUGGCAAGGAUGGUGUCCCGCUGCAGGUCUGCGUAGGUGGUGGGUGUCACAUCCUGGGCCAAGUGGUUCAGUCGGGCCCAGGCAGGACCUCACAGUACACACUCCUUGUUGCUCUUUUGGCACUGAUCCUGCUCGUGGCUGCACUGGCCAUUGCGCUGAUCUUCAACUCCAGGAGACGGAAAAAGCAGCUAGUCCUUGCUCCCAACCCGGAUGACCUGGCAUCCCUGGAUCAGUCUCCCAGAGCCAUGUCCCUGUCCAUAUUCCGUUCCGGCUCUGACUACAGAAGUGGUCUUGCUUCCAGCACUCCGAGCCAUGGAGAACCUUCAGAUGGUAGGGAUGGGACCUGUGUCCCGCUGCUGCGCACAGAGUCUAUCCGGCUCAAGGAUCUGAACAGGAUGCUCCUGGCCGAGGUUAAGGAUGUGCUGAUUCCCCACGAGCGAGUAGUCAUCCACAGUGACCAAGUCAUCGGCAAAGGUCACUUUGGUGUCGUCUACCAUGGAGAAUAUACAGACGAGGCCCAGAACCAAAUCCACUGUGCCAUCAAGUCACUGAGUCGCAUCACAGAGGUGCAGGAGGUGGAGGCUUUCCUGCGGGAGGGGCUGCUCAUGCGUGGCCUACAUCACCCAAACGUUCUGGCUCUCAUCGGUAUCGUGGUACCCCCAGAGGGGCUUCCCAGAGUGCUGCUGCCCUACAUGCGCCACGGAGACCUGCUUCGCUUCAUCCGCUCUCCUGAGAGGAACCCCACUGUGAAGGACCUCAUCAGCUUUGGCCUGCAGGUAGCCUGUGGCAUGGAGUACCUGGCUGAGCAGAAGUUUGUGCACAGAGACCUGGCUGCUAGGAACUGCAUGCUGGACGAGUCAUUCACAGUCAAGGUGGCUGACUUUGGUCUGGCCCGUGACAUCCUCGACAAGGAAUACUACAGUGUUCGUCAGCAACGCCAUGCUCGCCUGCCUGUCAAGUGGAUGGCACUGGAGAGCCUUCAGACCUACAGAUUCACCACCAAGUCUGAUGUGUGGUCGUUUGGUGUGCUGCUGUGGGAACUGCUAACACGGGGUGCCCCACCAUACCCCCAUGUCAACCCUUUCGACCUCACUCACUUCCUGGCUCAGGGCCGUCGCCUGCCUCAGCCUGAGUACUGUCCCAAUUCAUUGUACCGGGUGAUGCUGCAAUGCUGGGAGGCUGACCCAGCGUCAAGACCCACCUUCAGAGCCCUAGUGAUGGAAAUAGAGCGGGUCGUGGCCUCACUGCUCGGAGACCACUACGUGCAGCUGUCCGCAGCGUAUGUGAACCUAGGCCCCAGCGCCACGGAUGAUGUGAAUAUGCUUCCGGAGCAGCCACAGGCUUCACCUCAGCAUCACAGGGCCAUGUCAAGACCCCGGCCUCUCUCAGAGCCACCUCUGCCCACUUGACCAAAGCCCUAAGUAGGCCACAGGGACUAGACCUACUAAGUGGCCUCAAGCAGGCCCCAAGCUGCCUCUGGGCUAUAACAAGCUGAAGGGCACUGGACCUCCACCUUUUAACUUUCUAGGGCUACUGGAGGUGGGAAACAGGGUCCAGUUAAGUCCCUCACUCCAGCAUGAGCCAGUGUAUUUUUUGUAGCAUGUAUUUAUGGAAUGUUUGUUUUGUACCUGUCUGCUGAGCAGAGGACUCAGCAAUGAUCACAGAGAUACCACAGUGUAAGCCAUUAAAAAACAAUAAAUGAAUAUUC